AUGGCUCUUGCAACUGCUAGAAGGCCGGUAUUCAAGGUGAAACCAGCUACAUUCACUCCUCGAUACGGGGUUUCAUUUUUCAACAAUGACUACAGUUUCCAGAGAGUACGCCCCAAUUCAACCUCAGUAUUAACCAAAACUACAAGAAGUCCUGAAGCCAAACCCACCAUUUCUCCUUUAUCAGCUCUACCCACCACCGUGCUUCUCAGAUCACUCCUCGUUGCUACCAUCUCAUCAAAACCGUACCUACUUCUCCCGUCCCUUUCAAUCUUAUCAUUCCUUUGCAAACCCCGCCGGAGUCUCCUUCUUAAUGUAGAUAGAAAUCCCAUCUUGCAUGGGUUUCUGAAAUCAACAUUCUACAAGCAAUUCUGUGCUGGAGAAACCCACGAUGAGGUGAAAACUACUAUCCGUCAGUUCAAAAAUAUGGGCUUUCAAGGUGCGAUUAUGACAUACGCAAAAGAAGUUGUUUUCGAUCAUCGAACGAAGGCCCAGCAUGGUCUAGGCAUCAUGCAGAAUCAGGAUCAAGAUGUGGCUGGCAGUGUAUUUUGCGCACACAUCGAAGCCUGGAGAAAGGGUACCGUGGAGACAGUCGAAUUACUAGGAAAAGACGAUUAUCUGGCUGUUAAGUUAACUGGGGCUGGUCCCAAUGUUACCGAAGCCUUUACAGCAGGAGAAUUACCGCCGCCACAAAUGCUUGAUGCACUGGACGAAAUUUGUACCAAAUGCAAAGACCGUGGGGUGCGAAUCAUAGUUGAUGCCGAGUCUCACCACUUUCUAAGCGGCAUUCUUCGUGUUACACUUGAACUCAUGAGGAAAUACAACCGCGACGGAUAUGCGUCGGUUUACAACACAUACCAGGCCUAUCUAAAGAGUACACCCGUUACAUUAGGCCGGCACCUUGCUGCCUCCAGCGAAGAAGGGUUUACUUUGGGUCUCAAACUAGUGCGGGGAGCAUACAUUGCCACUGAUGACAGAUCCUUAAUCCACGACACGAAGCAAGAUACCGACGAUGCAUACAACAGUAUUGCUCAAGGUGCCUUGAGACAAGAGAUUGGAGAAUUCGGAAGGAAAAAUGGUCGUCCAUUUCCCUCUGUCAAUUUAUUCCUAGCUAGUCAUAACAAGGCCAGUGUACUCGCUGCUCAUCAGUUACAUCAGCAGCGUAUGGAAGUCAAACUGCCUACGGUGCCGGUGGGCUAUGCUCAGUUACACGGAAUGUCUGACGAAGUGAGCUUUAGUUUAUUGCAGUUGAAGGGCUCGGGUGGGGAUCCGAAGGUAUAUAAGUGCUCGACAUGGGGAGGUCUGGGAGAGUGUCUCGCGUAUCUGCUUCGGCGGGCGAUUGAGAAUCGGGAUGCAGUUUCGAGGACGGGAGAUGAAUAUCGAGCACUGAAGGCAGAAGUUGGAAGAAGGCUCAGAUCUCUUAUUUCUUUUUCAACGUAA